CUGUGCUUGUAUUAUUUAUCAACUUUGGUGGAAAUAAUACCACCCUACUCGAAUCUACCUGUUACCAUAACAUCAAGAAGAAAGACAUUAUGCCACCCCACGAAGGCCUCGUACACCCAAAAGAGUAUGACUGGAGAGAUUCGAAUGUUGAGUUGAUCAAUAGCGACCUGGACCACAAGAUAAAGCAUCAAUCGGCUCAGCAUGAGCCAGCUUGGAAUAAUGGUGUCAUUGGAAUGGCUCCAGGUCUCUUUAUCUGGAGAAUAGAGGACUUCGAGGUGAAGCAGUGGCCAAAAGAAAAAUAUGGCUCGUUUUAUGAAGGCGAUUCAUACAUCAUCCUUCAAAGCGAGGCGGUCAAGCGGGACACAGAAGGUGGUGAUGGAGCAGAUGAAACAGAGAAAGACAAAUUGGUCCAUGAUAUCUACUUUUGGCUAGGAGCGCACACCACACAGGACGAAGCGGGGACUGCUGCGUACAAGACUGUCGAGUUGGAUGAGUUCUUACACGGAGCCGCUACUCAGCAUCGCGAACUGCAAAACUCGCCUUCGGACGCCUUCGCCGCGCUGUUCCCCAGGAUCAAGAUCUUGCGCGGAGGCGUCGCUUCGGGUUUCACACAUGUCGAGACCAACGAGGAACCCGAGCACGUCGAUACCUUGCUCCGGAUCUUCAAGCACCCUCGCGCGGCUGCUGGACGAGACGGCAUUCUCAUUCACGAGGUGGAGCCAACUUGGCAAAGCCUAGACGAAGACGACGUAUUUGUUCUCGAAACGUCAUCGAAGAUUUGGGUUUGGCAAGGAAAAGACUGUUCACCAAUUGAGAAGAUGAAAGCUGCUACAGUUGUUAACGACAUGACCUUGGCUAAGCACAAAGAGGUGGAAGUGCUCAGUAGUAAUGACUCUCGUUCUAAGAUCUUUGUGGACAAUCUCGGAGGGAGCGACGUCGACCUCUUGAGUACCCAGCUGAAAGCGCCGCGGCCUAUGUCUGCUCACACCGAACGUGAGGUGAAGAAACUCUUCCGCCUCAGCGAUGCAGAAGGCGGCGAUUUGUCUUUCGAUCUGGUGAAGGAGGGAAAUGCUGUUGAAAGAGGCGACUUGGACUCGAAUGAUGUGUUCAUUCUUGACGCUGGCAGUCAAAUAUUCGUCUGGGAGGGACAAGGUGCUUCCAGGAAGGAGAAAAAGAUGUGGUUGAAGGUACUGCAGAGGUACAUUGCUAAUCACGCUGACGCAGUCGAUUUGGCAGUCUCAAAGGUUGUGCAAGGAAAAGAAGGGAAGUCGUUCUGGACAGCGGUGGAAGCGUAGUGGCCAGCGGGAAAAUUCCGUAGGCUUACAUCAUCUGUUUCUCUUCUAUGUCUCAAACUCUCGGCGAAGUGUAUCGGGUUCUCGGGUUCACACAAUCCUUCUACAGUUCUACUGACCUCGCCGACCCCAGAAACUCACCCCUGCCAGCAAUGUCAACCAAUGACAAAAAUCUUUCAAUGUCCCUCUCGAACUUCCAUCCCUUACCCCUUGCGCAAAUAACGGAACUUCCCACCCAGCUUCUUGUUUCAGACAUCCAUAUCCAACACCAUGUCUCACUCAAUCAUAGCCACCCU